AUGGCUGAAACUGCUUCUCUUCUCUUUGGUUUUAUCCUACUUAACUGCAAUUGUGUGCCAUGCCCCCCUGAACAAUACUGGUACAUGAGAAGCGGAGUGGCCAAAUGUGAAAAGUGCACAUCCAGUUGUAAUGAAAAGCGCAACAGCCAGGGGUCAGAUAUGAAUCAGGUUGAAAUAUCUUCUUGCAAUAAGACGAGUAACCGGAAGUGCCAAUGCAAACCAGGUUUCUACUGCCCAUCUUCAGUAGAAUUAAAGUGCAGGAGGCCCUGUUUACCAUGCCAAAACGGCUUCUUGAGUAAACCAUCACUCAACGGAUCCUGCCAGCCUUACACUGACUGUGCCAGUCUUGGAAAGGUGGUGAUUGAAGAAGGAUCUGCCACUAAGGACAGAGUGUGUGGCAAACCACCAACCUCAUCCCAAAUGUCUACAGUAGACUCAAAAGCUGUUACUUCAGCCAUUCUGUCCACUUUAACCCUGACUGUUCCUACCACCAAUCAAGCCACUGGCCACCAGCACAUCAGGAUACCACCCACUAGGGCAUUUGGGAACCAAACUAAUAUCACGAUUUUGAUGCCAGUCCUUUCAAACCCAGAGAGCACAGAAAUAAUCUCAAGUUUGCCAAGCUACGAUGGCUCUGUUUCACCACCUGAGACCCUUUUGAAGACCACUUGGAUCUUUCUGCCUCUGUUGGUGUUUAUUUUGCUGGUGCUUUUAUGUAUCUGCAUAAAGCGCAAAGGCAAAACUGUAAAGAGAAAACUAGAGUGGGCAGGUCUUGCAUUUGGAAAGUUCCAGCCAGUGGAUGCUGCUAAAGGUCAAACCCAGCCACAAGGGUCAUGUCCAGGGGCCAAUCAGCAGGUCACCAUGGAUAUUAUUGGAAAAGGGGAAAGCAUUAACAACACAGUGGGGUCCAUUUUCAUCUACUCUCCAGGGACGGUGAUCUUAGGCUCUAAGUCGAAUGAGCGAAAGGAGGAUGCUGAGGUGAGCAGCGAGGCGAGUGGUGAACUUGACAGCGAUGAGAAGCAUCCUAUGAUCGUGCCCCAGCAGGAGUCCACUUCCCAGGAAGACUUUAUCAGCUUGUCUAUGCAGGAAGAGUUCGGCAAAGAGCUGUGUUUUCCAGUCCCAGCUACGAGCAAAUGA